AUCACAGUGUUCUCACUAGACUCCCUGGUAGCGCCAGAACUGGCUGUAAACAAGCUGACCGACCAGCCAGUCAGUCAGUCUGACUCGGAGAUCCAUAUCAGCUUCAUAUCCUAGCAGGUAGCUUUUCCAGCACCAGAGACUGCCAGGGACAGGCUCUGAAACGGUCCACUACAUCCCAGGGAUGAGCUCCUGUCUCUGGGAUGAGGCAGCGUGGAGCACCGGGUGAUGGUGAAUGACUAGGACCACGGCACACUGCUGGCACCAGGCCAUGGAACUGUCUAGACGGCUGCACUGGAUCCGCAACCGGCCCUGGAGGGCCCGGGCCCGCCGCAGGGAGUUCAGCAGAGUGUCAUCCCGCGUCCCAGAGAUCAUGGCGGCCGGAACGCACUCCCCUGGGGGACCCAAUGGGAUCAUCCGGAGCCAAUCCUUCGCCGGCUUCAGCACACUGCAGGAGAGACGCUCGCGGUGUAACUCGUUCAUGGGGAACUCCGCAGUGCAGAAGAAACCCACGCCCAAGAAGCCCCAUCUGUCAGGGCACAAGGCCAGCAGCGGCUCCAGGGAGCCCCAGCCCGAGAGGGUGGAGGAGGUGUAUGGGGCCCUUAAACAAGGCUUGGAUGAGUAUCUGGAGGUGCACCAGACAGGGCUGGACAAACUCACCUCUCUGAUGAAGGACAUGAAGAGGAACUCCAGACUGGUGAGACAGGAUGGAGUCCUGUAUGACCUUGACAAGCAAAUCAAAACCAUCGAGAGGUACAUGAGGCGGUUGGAGUUUCACAUGAGCAAGGUGGAUGAGCUGUAUGAGGCAUUCUGUAUCCAGCGCAGGCUGAGGGAGGGAGCCAGUAAGAUGAAGCAGGCCUUCUCUGCAUCUCCCUCCACCAAGGCCACCAGAGAGAGCAUGUCAGAGGUCAACCGCAGAUACAAGGAGUACACAGAGAAUAUGAGCACGUUAGAGGGGGAGCUGGAGAACAUGCUGGGGGAGUUCCAUAUCAAAAUGAAAGGUCUUGCUGGUUUUGCUCGUCUCUGUCCAGGAGACCAGUAUGAGAUCUUCAUGCGGUAUGGGCGUCAGCGCUGGAAGCUGAAGGGGAAGAUAGAGGUGAACUCCAGACAGAGUUGGGACGGAGAGGAGAUGAUCUUCACGCCCCUCAUCACAGACCUCAUCAACAUCAAGGUGACGGAGCUAAAGGGCCUGGCCACUCACAUCCUGGUGGGCAGUGUGAUCUGUGAGACCAAGGAUCUGUUCACGGCCAUGCCUCAGGUGGUGGCUGUAGACGUUAAUGACCUGGGAACCAUCAAACUCAACCUGGAGGUCACAUGGUUUCCAUUCGAUGUGGAAGACCUGACCCUGUCUUCAGGCAACGUGAGCAAGGCCACCGCCCUGCAGAGACGGGUGUCUAUCUACAGCCAGGGCACUCCAGAGACACCCACCUUCCAGGACCAGUCCUUCUUUAAGUGGCACCCCUCCCCAACCCAGCAUCGCCUGUCCCCGACCCUGCAUCGCCUGUCCCCGACCCAGCAUCGCCUGUCCCCGACCCAGCAUCGCCUGUCCCCGACCCAGCAUCGCCUGUCCUUCCUCCACGGUCUGAGGAACUCCCUGUUAGAGAAGCUGAGACGCAGUCGCUCCUUUGGCGACCUGGUCUCCCUCCAACCCAGGCCCAAGUCCAGCCUGGAGGGUUAUGUGACUGAGUCCACCCUCCCUGAUGACGUCUUUGAGAACGGUGGGUGUGGUAACACCGAGUGCAAGCGCCUCUCCUUCACCUUCUCCGAUACUUCAGUCUCCUCCCCCAGCCUCGCCCCCGGUCAGUCCAACCCCGAAAUCACCGUCACGCCCCCUGAGACCUGCCCCCAGCCCCAAAUCCCCAACGUUGAAGUCCCUGUUCGAAUACAUGCAGAUGUAGUGGAAGAGGCAGAGGAAGGUGAGGAGGAAGAGGAGAGUCGCAGUAGCAGCGGCAGCGUGAGUACCAGCCUGGUCAGCGAGGAGGCGGAGUCAGAGUGGGAGAGGGCGGAGUCCCAGUGUAACGGAGGAUCCGUCUCUCUCUGCUCGGUCGCUCCCGGGGGGGUGUGUCCGGACCUCGCUGGGCCGGACAGGGAUGGUGAUGAAGAUGACAGCUCGGAGCUACUGAAGCCCGUAGAACUUGACACUGAAGAACCAGGCAGCUUGACCAGGCAACUGGUGAGGAGACUGACAUCGUCUGACAUUCUGCCCGAGGCGGGGGUUCUGAGCUGGGCUGGGGAGGGGAGCCGGGCCUUCCUGGAGAGCAACCUGGAAGAAACCCUGCAGAAUCUGCUACUGAGGCUAGAGUCACUGGGACAACGCUGUAGAGAGCUACAGGACCUGGAACAGGAAGUGAUGCGCCUGGAGGACCUACUCAAGUGCCGUCUCCCGGGCCACAGGAGCAGGUCGUCCAGCCUCACUCUGAUGGUUGAGAGCGCCCUGGAGAGCUUUGACUUCCUCAACACCUCCGACUUUGACGACGAUGACACGGGUGAUGACCACGCCCUCCAGCGCUCCGUGUUCUUUGACAUGGAGGCGGACAGUAUCGGACCUGGGGACCCGCACCCAGAGGUCAGGGGUCACCUGAGUGAAGCCCUGACGGAGGACACCGGGGUGGGCAACAGUGUGGCCGGCAGCCCCCUGCCUCUCACUACGGGCAACGAGAACCUGGACGUGGCCAUCGUCAUUCACCUGCAGUACUGCGACCAUCUCAUCCAGCUCCUGUCCAGUGGGGGGAGCCCUUGGCAGCGUCGAGCCCAGCUCCAGAAGCUCUCAGCUCAGACUCAGCUGCUAGAGGAACUGGGAGAGAUCAGCACAGAAUGCCUGGGGAGCAUCACCUCUGCUGCUGACGUGCUCCCAGGGCUGUCGGAGCGGCCUGCUCAGAUGGCUCUGUGGUCGGAGUGUAGUGGUUCUGGUGCACUGUUCCACGCUACGCUGGACCGGGUGCUCAAACACAUGCACCACUGCUACACUCGCCCACUGCAGGAGAGACACCCGCACACCGCAGCUGACACAGUGAUCCGGCUGGUGGUGAGUGAGAUGGUGGACAGGAGUGAUCUGGCCUCCUCCCCUACAUGCCACCCCCCUUCGGCCCUGUCCCAGGACGUGGGCCCCCCUUCGGCCCUGUCCCAGGAAGUGGUCCCCCCUUUGGCCCGGUCCCAGGACAUGGUCACAGUGUUUCAGUUCCACAGCUACGUCUCAGAGCACAGCGUGGAGGACAUGGAGGAACACCUAUUGCAGGUGGCCAGAGAAGCUGUGUUUGCGGAGGGCCUGAGCUGUGGCGACUCGGAGCGUUGUCUAAAGGAACUGGAUGAGGUCUCACACACCGGCCUGUGUCCCCGGCAGCAGACCCUCAGGGCGCUGGCUUCCCUCCUCUCCCACCAAGACCCCCAGCUCAGCGAGGCUGCAGCUGCCUACAUCACCUCUGCUUCCUCACACACACCCUUCAGGUCAAAGGCGGUGGAUUGCUACACACAGGCCUUGUGGGAGGCUGGAGUUCAAACCCAAAGGUCUGCCUGUGCAGCUCUUAGCUGUCUACAGGCAGUAGAGAGCCUCCGGGCGGUGGUAUCACUGUGCGACUCGGCAGACGAGGAGCUUCGCCAUGUUGCCAGAGAAACCCUGCUCACUUUCGGUGAAGAGGGCCGCCUGGCGUAUGAGCAGCUGGACACGAUGCCCCGAGAGAUGGUACGACUGGGGACGCGGCGAGGGAACGCCGUCACCACCGCCUUCUGAAAGCACAGGACUAACUAAAUGAACCUAGGAGCCUCACAUCCACAGGAGGGGGACGACCCCCCCUAGAACAACCCCCCGCUGCGCCUGUGCUUUGAGCCAUGCAGACUGGACAUGCGUUUAAAUGGACACAGCUAGGGGGAGUGGCCGCAUCAAUGCAGAGGAGCCCAACUAAACAUGGAAGGGCCACGUCUCAUCCUUAUCAACAGACUGGUGUAAAUCCUAACUGUCCAUUCUCUGACCACCACUAUUAAACCAUCUCUCACUGCACAGACAGAGCAUCUCUACCAUCACAACUUAUUAUGUUUAUCACGGCUGUGUUUGAUAUAUGAUAUCCUUAUAUAACUGCUAUUCAUUUGUUUUAGGAGGUGACGUUCAUUAGACAAAAGGUUAUUUGCGCUUUUCAAAUUACACUGUGUCAGACAUGUAAAUAUAAUAGCAUUAUACUCUGAACUGGAUUUAUUUGGUCUUAUGUACUGUUGAGAUUCAGGGAUUUUACAGACCGUUUGAACACUUUCUGUCAGAGGGUGCCAUGGAAGAUAAUUUAGGGGACUAAUGACAGUCAAAUCGCUCGGAAGGAGGUAGUUAAAAGCAACGCUCGCAAGUCCUCGUCAACAUGCAUAAAGAAGGAAGUCUUUCCCUAGAUAGCAGUUACCAGUAAGCAAUGUUCUCACUCCAACAUGCACAACAUGAAGAGAGAGUCAUACUUGGACUGCCUUUCAAACGAAGUUCUCUACUCACACAUGCCUGGGAUCUACAUUCAGAGUUUGAAUGUCUGCUUGCUGGGAACUGAUGAGAUUUGAUCAUGAUUUAUUUCAUUGGAAGCAGGUACGACUGGACUCGAGGAGUGAGUGUGAGUUAGGGAUAGUUAGUAUGAAAGGAGAAUGCACUUUCUCCACAACUGUACAGUGCAGAACCACGGGCCUGUCUAAGGGGAUGAUGCUUCGAAUCGGCAAGGACUGAGGCUAUAGCGCUCUGCCUAGCUUUUUAUGCCAGUUGUAUCUAUACUACUGAGUCCGGUGCUUCUUCAGCAUGACAACAGUGUUUUUCUCAACUUAAUUUAUUUACACCACAUUUGUGAUUCUAAUAUUUAAUUUUCAUUUACUUUUGAGUAAGAGGGCAGAAUGCAGAUACUAUUUCACAUGUAAAAGUUGUAUAUUUGGUGUUUUUCUUGCUCAUGUUUGAUUUUUUAAAGUUUCAUUAAAAAAAGGACUCAUUAACAUGGGAAUGAUCUUGCUUACAUAAAAUGUUACUGGAAAUAUAUUUUUCCACUCUUUUAAAUGUAUUUGUACAUUAAGUAAGAUGGAUGGCUGGUAUUAUUUGGAGGAUUUACCAACAUAAUCAGAGAGCGUUUCCCACGCUACUUUAUUACGCGAGGAAAGCCUAAAAAUGAACAUUUAUUCUGAAGAUAUCUUUAACCUGGCCACUACACCCAGGCUCACCUACAAAGAACAACCAUAAACAACCAUCAGAAUUAUCAUCUUAAUCCUGUGACAUGAGAUCGGCUUCUAACCGCACUGUCCUAAAGCCAUAACGAUACGAAAAGGUGUGUUUUAGGCGGUAAUAUGUGAAAUAAUAUUUGUUCUUUUGUAUAUUAAAGCUUUAAAACGUGUGAAAGUUGUCACUAAAACUGAAGAUGGCUUUGAGUUUGGCCUGGCGUAUGUUGAUCAUGGUCUUUAUUUUGAGUAACAAUGUGCCUCUUUCUCCCAUGACGUGAAUAGUGUUACAGUAUUUUGGUAUGAUACUCGUCACUUCAACAACUCCUCUAAUUAAUGGUUUUUUUUCUUUCUCCAUGAUGCAGCGGUCUCCAUCUUUCUUUGUGCUAAAAGUAACCCGUGAUGAAUUAAUGUUGCCUCUAUUCAACUCCCAAGUCAGACUGAACAUGUAGACAGAAUGAUGAAACGUUAUGACAUUGAUCAUAUUUCAUGUAAAUACACAGUGAGGACAUGUUACAUUGCUCCAGUACUGACUGCAUUCAUUUCCCCCCUGCUCAAUGAAAGUGGCAAUAAAGUUUAUUUUUGCAUAA